AAAUUUUAAUGAUCUCUUAUCAGCUUUUUGAAAAGUAAUCUUUCUUUUUGUUUUCCUUUCGAGUAUGGAUAAAAUUUUUAAAAGAAAUUCGAAAAAACCGGAUCCACAAAACAGUGAUAAUGAAAGUAGUACCGCCAAUUCCGUCAUAACUGAACAUAUAAUACCUUCUUCACCAAAAUCACCAGCUUUUCCUAAACCUGUCAGGCCCAGACUAAAUGACCAAGAUGUCCAGAAACAUACUUCUGUUACAUGGCCGAGGCUACCACAACUAGCUUUGACAACCAGCCAAGACUCUCAAACAUACGGACCUUUAGAUUUUCCGGAGUCUCCCUCAUCUCAUCCCAUCGAAGUUCUUUACACCGAUACAGAAGCUGGAAGCGACGCCGAAUUGAACAAUAGCGCUCAAAAACACCGCAGAAGAAUCUCAUAUGAUGAGGAUGAUGGUUCGUGCAGCGAUGUUGGAUCACUCAACAAUGAUCGUCACAAGAACGGAAACCAGUUUGAUGAUUCUGGUGCAAAUACCUUGGUAGAAGCUGCUUUAGAUAAAGAAGAGGCGAAAUACCGACACAUUCGAUUUCAAGAUCAUGUUGCUGAAUCUGCAGCUCUUGUACAACGUAUGUUAAGUAUGAAAUCCGGGCAACGCCAAGCGCCAGAUGCUUUGCAGACAGCCAUGCUUAAUAGACACGAUAGCCGUAAUAGCGACGAGGAAAUAAGUCUACAUCAAAAGCACCCGAAUUUAGGCGGGGGUAGUGUCUUGGCAAGUUUAAUGAGGCUAGAGGCUGCACGUGUAGAUGGAGAAAAUAAAAAGAAAACGAAGAGGCCAAAGGAGAGAAAAUCACUUAAUUUAAAGCGCAAUAAGAAUAGACCAGCUUCUCUAUUCAAUCUAUCCGUACAUUCCAACACCGAUCCUGGUUUGCAACCACCUCGACCUAAAAGACCACCAUUGGUUAAACGCCCUUCCAGCUGGCUAUCUGAAGUUGCAUCCAGUAAAUACCUCGUCCCUAGCUUAGAAAAAAGAAAGAAAUUCGCGUCUCCUUCAUUCUCACGUCGAUCGUCAAAUGACAGUAUGUUCACAACCGCUUCCCAGUUUGAACCCAUCACGUUGGACGAUCGUAUCCGUAUUACUUUUGAAAUUGCUAAUAUUUUACAAAAGCAAGAGUUUCUCAGAAAGCUAUGUAAAUCACUUAUGCUUUAUGGAUGUCCGGCCCAUCGUUUAGAGUAUGCCAUGCGGCAGGUAUCGCGUACUUUGGCCGUUGAAGCUGAAUAUGUGUAUAUACCCAGUGUUAUGUUGGUUACCUUUAUUGAUUCAACAACACACACAACUGAAACCCAUUUUAUUCGACAAUCACAAACAUUUGAAAUGCAUCGCUUAUCCGAUAUCUACAGAUUGGAAAAGCUAGUAGCUCACGGCGAGGUGUCUGUAGAUGAGGCAUUGGAAUUUAUUGACAAAGUGUAUGAUCAACCCCCAUUAUAUCCCCUUUGGUUGCAUCCUAUUGUGUAUGCUCUUGCUUCAUUUUCUGGAUGUAUUCUGUUUUUUGGUGGUCGUUGGAAGGAAGCGGGUGUAGCCGCUGCUCUUGGUAUAUUUUUUGCCUCAAAUGAAUUGUUUUCGAAAACAAUAGCAAGCUUCCAGCCGAUUUGGGAGAUCACAGUUUGUAUAUUGAUUGGUUUUGUCGCAAGAGGAAUUACUAAAUACGACUUUUGCUUCACACCUAUUGCGUUUUCAUCUUUCAUUAUUGUGCUGCCAGGAUAUCCUAUGGCUGUUGCCAUUAUUGAGCUGGUUUCUAGACAGUUGGUGAGUGGUGUUGUUCGUAUGGUGUACGCCAUUAUCUAUUCAUUUUUACUUGGUUAUGGUGUAUCUAUGGGCUCCCAAUUAUACUUAACUAUUGACAAAAAUAGUACAUUAGAGCAGUCUGAUGCCUGUAAACUAGCAAGCAGCGCCACUACAUGCGUUUCCAGUGAAUCUCAAUGGUUCAACUUUUUAAUGGUUCCUCUCUUUGCCAUGGCGUUUUGUAUCUUUUUAAGGGCAAGGCUGCCUCGAUGGCCCAUAAUGACGCUUGUGGCCUCUUUUGCAUAUGUCAUCAAUUAUGCGUUGGCUUGUUGGGCACAUGCUCCUUCACAAAUCCUUCAAGUUGCACCUGCAUUUGGCUUGGGACUAGUGGGCAAUUUGUUGUCUAAAUUCACAGGUAAGAUGUCGUUUGAUGCUGUGUUGCUAGGUGUGUUUUAUUUGGUGCCAAGUAUCUUGGGCUUGAAGGCGGCGAUUGGAUUAUUUUCUGGUAGCGAAGAAGUUGGUACUCAAGGGGCAGGUUUUGCUUUAGCAAUGAUCGAAUCAUCGAUUGGUAUCACCCUGGGCUUAUUUCUUGCCACACUAAUUGUAUACCCUAAAGGAACUCAACAUACACCACUCAUGAGUUUGUAAUUUAUAUCUAACCCUUUAUUUAAAUUCCCCCAUUAAACACGUCCAACUUCAUAUAUUGUUCUUCCUACUUUUAUUA